UUUUUGUGUUUUGUUGUCUGACUGUUAGUAUUGGUAGAGUCGUAAUUUUAAAAAACAUAAAAAUGAUAUAGGACAAAUAGAAUAUUAAUCUGAUGAUAAUUAUGUUCUAAUUGGUUAGUCAUUAGAUAAUAUCACGUAUUUUGGUAGCAAAUUUAAUUUCGUCGUUGCGGAACACACCGUGUUAAUAAUGAGUUUGGUUGGAAAAAAGUGUGAAUCAAUAUCUCUUCUGGAACCGAACAGAGAUGAAAUUCUACGCAGCGAGGUUACACCAGAUGAUGUGCUCAGGUUGGAUAAGAUCACAGACACUUAUUUGUGCAGUCCUGAAGCGAAUGUAUACGAUAUAGACUUUACAAGAUUUAAAAUAAGAGAUCUCGAAACUGGUACUGUACUGUUUGAGAUCGCGAAACCUCCUACAGAUUUUGGGGUUGAUAAUGAGGGUGCUGAGGAUGUACCAGAGGAACCACUGGACCCAAACGCUGGCAGAUUUGUCCGCUAUCAGUUUACGCCACAAUUUCUCAAAUUAAAAACAGUAGGCGCUACAGUUGAAUUCACAGUGGGCGCUCGUCCUGUGAACCAUUUCAGAAUGAUAGAGAAACAUUUCUUCAGGGACACAUUACUCAAGACUUUUGAUUUUGAGUUUGGCUUCUGCAUUCCAUUUUCAAGGAACACAUGUGAACACAUUUAUGAGUUUCCGUCUCUGCCACCAGAUUUAGUUGAAGAAAUGAUAGCUGCACCUUUUGAGACCUGUUCUGAUAGCUUCUACUUUGUGGACAAUAGUCUGGUGAUGCACAAUAAAGCAGAUUAUGCAUACAAUGGAGGCAUAAACAACUAAUGGUAGAUGCACACUACACAUGUCACAUGUGCUAUUUGCACCUUUCAAACACACCACUAUCCCACACCAGAAAUUUGUUAAUGACAACAGCAAGUUGUCUUAUGUUGACCAGAAACACAUUAAACAAAACCAGGUGAUGACAAUAUAAUCGAUUAUUGCUGAAUUCCAACCAAUUAAUUAUUAUUAUUCCUAUAGCUGAUUAUAAGUUAACCAACUAUCUAUAUUUCAAGUUAAUACAUAUCAACAUACAGUUCAAAUCCAGCUGUCUAGUAACUCAAAAGUUUACAGUAGUUUUUUUUAAAAUUCAGAUACAAGUUAGCCUUUGAUUGCAAUCUCACCUGGUGGUAAGUGAUGAUGCAGUCUAAGAUAGAAAUGGGCUAACCUAAUGGGGUAUCACAGUUUUCAUUAGACCCGUACUUGCUAAAUCGCUUGGCGGUACGGCUUUGCCAGUAUGGUGGUAAUCUGCCUAGCAUACUAAAUUCGUCUAAAUUUUAAAAUCAAAAAAAAGGUGACAAGGAACGCAAGCACAAACCACUCUAGGGUCACAGCAUUAAUACAUAAUAUUAUUAUGUGUAAGCUUUAAUAAACAUAGUGAGUGAGUGAUAUUUGAGACAGGUUGACAAAUUGGCUUUACAUAAUCUCUGAGAUGGGACGGUACAUCCCAAGUUCAAAUCUCAUCUCAUCUAGGAAAAUAAUGAAAGUUGGUUCUGUCGGUCAGAAUAACCCCUCUCUUGACUCAGUUGUCACCACACAGGUUUGCUCUGUCUAGAUGUCUCAGUCGAUAAAUUGUAUGACAUAUUUCCAUACUGUGCCAGGGUGUUGAGUGUUUGCAGGUCAUCACACCAACGUCAAGUGUUGUUUGUGUGUUUCUGAGUACAAAAUAAUAUGAUUGUUUGAUUUGACUCAAUACAUGUCAGGGUGAAUGGGGUGGGAUGUAACAUACAUGUUAUGGCCAUAAAGGUCUAUUUUUUCACCUAAUUAAAAAUUUUGGCACUAAAAAGUACUUAUUCCAUCAAUUUAAUUACAUUAAUUAAUAUUAUGAUAUGUUAUUAAUUAUUAUGGAAAUUACUAAAUAUUUGUCAAAUAGCACAUUCAAAAAGUUUCGAAGAAAAAAAUGAUAUUGUGAUAAAAGUAUUUUUGUCAAAUUAUGGUUUAUGAUAAAAAUUGAACAUUUUCGUUUAUUAAUAGAAAAUUAAUUUAUUUUAAGUUAGUACUUGUUUGGUAUUGAAAAUCAUCAAUACUAUUGAGACCUUAAGAACAUAAUAUGGUCUAAACUGAAAAUUACUUAAUUUUGAAAGAAAACCAUUGUAAUUUACAAAAAACAAUUAAGUACCAACAUAAGCAAUGUAUAGUUUGCUAUGCUCAGAUUGUGGACUUAUAUUUUAAUGAAGUUAUAAUUUUAGAGAAGGGAUAAAAAUUAUUCUUAUGCCAGUAUACUAAAUAAAUGUAACUUAGAAAUCAUUCCAUAGUAUAAUUCCAAAAAUCAUAUUUUUUUAAGUAGGUAAUUGUUAUUUUAUUUGAGAUGGUCUUGAGGAAUGGUUAAGAUGGAUUUUGGCUAAACCUACAAUAUUUUAUGCUAUUUACUUAUAUUAUGUUAAUAAUGUUCAAAAAAUUCAAAAUAAGGCUUUUCCUUAUCGAGCCUUAAAAAGUUUUAAAAGAUCUCAAUAAUUUUAGUGUGUGGUUGGUCUUUUUAGACAUUUAAAUUGUGUGUAAGUUUUCUAUUCUUGAACGAUCAAACAUGUUCGGCAAGCAAAUAAGAUGACAUGCUUGAUAGAUUACACUACUUGGAAGGGGUAUGACGAUUAAUUACCCAUACCCUUAUUCAUAACCUGAACGUUAAAACAUUUGAUAUCUACCCCCAGGUAGCCUCAUAACCUCACGGGUAAUUUAAAAAUUAUAUGUGAUUUACUAAAUAGAUCUAUUUGGGAAUCAAACCUGGGAUCUCUUACUUAUAAAUCUCAUAGAUAUUGCUUGUAAAACCAUUUUGAUCGUCUAGGAAGUUUUUUAUAUUGUUGUUGCUACUUUAAGCACUGUUUGAGACACUUUAGAUAUGUUUUGGUGUGUAACACUAUUAUGCAUUGUUAGUUGUUAGUUUUUAAGUCGUUUGGGUGAAUUAUAUGUUUCAAACAAGAAGAAAGUGGGUAAGGUAGUUCGUAAUUCGAAUGCCUGUCAAACUUUUGUAUGAGCAGCAGUAAAAAAAAUCACUUGAUUUGGAAUUUUUUUAAACCAAAAAAAAAUAGUAGAGCAAUAAUAGGAGCGUCGAUUCUGAUGCUAUUUUCUUCUAAACUAAAUUUAAAGUAUCUGCUUCUUUUUCUUUUUAAUAUUGCUAAAAAAGGACGGAAAAUUUGUUUUAAACUAAAGACUCUUAAAUUUUAGUGCUACUAUACAAUUUAAACAAUAGGAUCACGACUGGCGCUCAAAGUCACGAGGUUUGACAGUUCUCUUCUAAAUUAAAUUAAGCUUAUCUGUCCUUUCCUUAUUACAUUGGUCAGAAAAAGAUGUGAAUAUUCUGAAAUUUAUUUAUUUAUUUAUAAAGAGAAAAGUAAGAAAAAGGGGACAGAGAAGCACUUAUCUUUAUUAGAGAUCUCUACCAGUGGCCCUUGGCAAUAAAUAAUUUAGUUGCAAUCAGAAUCAGUACUUAUUAUUAUAAGUAGCUUUCGGGAGUUCCGACAGAUAAUUACAGCAAAGCUCUCUACUUAUUUGAAACGCAUACUAUGACUAUUACUUACUAUAAUUCAAUACAAUUACUACAAAACUAAAAACUAACCCUUUGCAAAAAAGAAGUAAUAACUUUUCGGAAAAGAAUUAGUACUUAAUAACUUUCGGAUUCUAUGUUAUUUAUUUGAAAAUAAAAAUAGGCACCUACUUAAUAAUUGAACAUUAAAUGAAGUACCAAUUUUGCAGGGCAGUGGACUGCAAUCCUAGCACAAGCUUGACGCUUGGUUGAAAGUAUCAUAUUAGGCAAUUAAAAUCAUGUCUAAUAUUCUUAAAUAUAAAUUAUAACAGACCAAAAAUAUAAAACAAACAGGAUUAGUUAGAUAAAGUUGAAAUUGUAUUAAAGUAUAGUAAGUACAUACCCAUUUCUACUAAUUUUUAACCAAAUUCUAGUCAACAGUAAGUUUCGUGGCGUGUAUGAAAGAAAAAUCUAUCAGAGGGUAAGGAAAAAACAAUAAAAUGUUAACAAGUACAGGGAAAGGGAAUUGGAUAAGAUUUUACAAAUUAUCAAAACUUGAUAAACUUGGAUAACUUACUAUUCAGAAGAUUAAAAGUAUUGUUAAAUAUUUUGCUUGAACUGAUAUACUUACCUACCAAUUAAUGUUAAUUUAAUUACAUUAUUGUCAUGUAAAUUUCAUUUAUUCACAUAUCAUAGGACUGCUUGACAAAAGCCACUUUCAGUAUAACUAGCCUUGCGCCGAAAGUGGCUUUUAUCAAAUAGGCAAAAGGCUUGGGAUGUGAACUAAAUCUAACGGAAAAUACCGCUGCAAUGUAACUGAAAUUAUAGUCAUCAUAAUAUUAUUAUCUGUGCGGACUUUGAACAUUGAAUUAAAUCUAAAUUGAUAGAACAGCUAAAUACCUAUUUCGAACGAAACUGUUGUUUACAAAGCUGCCAAACCAAACAUUACACUGGCCAUCAAGAGGAACUUGCAUUAAUCAAUUCUUGUUCGGAAUUUCCAACCUAAUGUUGUGCAUAAUAAAUAAAGAUCAUUGGCCGAAAAUAAUUUCAGCGCUCCGAAUUCCGCAUUGUAUUUGUCCCUGGCCUAAUCAGGGUAUGCGAGGUAGCAUACAGUUAUAAUAGUUGUAUGUUCUAACUUCGCGGUAUGUAAAUUGCUUUCAUAACGGUCAUAAUAACGAACGUAUUUCGUUUACCUACUAAUUGGAAUGUUCAUAUACGUAACAGUAGAUAUGAAAUACUUAACAGAAAUAUUAAAUUAGUCUUUAUAUAGGUAAAGGUGUUCAAAUUAAUAGUUUCCCUAUUAAAAUAUAUUUGAAUAUAUUAAUAAACGAAAUAAUACUAUUAAUUAAUAUCCUCAAGAGUCAUGUUUUUAUUUUUCGAAUGCCGAAAUUUCAAAGUUUACAAUUCUGUUGGCUACAUAGUUACAGCGUGGCUAUGUAGCCAAUAGACGACAGUUCCUUGGUGCAUAAUUUAAACGCAAUGCACAAACGCAUUGUCGAAAGCCUAUUGAAGUACAGGAUGUAUGUAAUUUUUCCGCAAUCGACCAGCAGGUAUGUUGCGGCAGUUGGGAUGCAGUUGACACAACUGCAUCGCAACUGCCGACUGACUGCGCAGUUCUAGACUCUAUCCAGAAAUUAGUAUAGGGCUCUCUCUUUUACUUAAUCCCAUGCUAAUGACAACGACAACCAUUUUGAAUCACCAACCAAUCAAAACAAACCUAUGUUUUGAAUUGAAUUUCGAAUGUUUUUUGAAAACAGUUUCUCUAAUAGAGACUAUCUCUAUAGUGGACUGCACAGUCAGUCGGCAGUUAUCAACUGCAAUAUUGCAGUCAGUGUGUCUAGCAGACCUUGACAUCCGCAACGCGUUCACAUGUGUUGCGUUCAUACGCACCAAGGACAUCCCGAUUCCCGACCAUUACGCUUCCAUAGAAGAUUAAAUAUUACUAUGCAUUCAAAUUUAACACUUCUGUUUCGGAAGCAUGAACUUUAAGGUGCAAACACAUUGGGCUGACGCAGUGUUUCGUGAUACAAGAGAAGACGAACGCUGUCAUAAAUACAAUUUUAUAUCUUUUUUAUUUAGACCUAUAAAUUAUUGAUCUGUCGUGACACAGUAACAAUAAAUAUUUCUAUAUAAUGGCCGUAGAUCGUGAUUCGUGGUACGAAAUUUUAACACAGCAAUCUGUUUGCACCUAAAUUACGCAGGUACCUACCUAAUUUGUAGAUCAUAUUUAGCAAAACAAUUGUAUGUAUGAUAGAUUGUCUCAUUAAUUUAGUAGAACUUUAAACACUGCCAGUGUCAUCAAAAAUAUGUGUAGAUUAGGAAUUUACCUAUGAAGCUAAAGUUUUAUGUACUUAACUUUAUUAUUUUAAAUAGAUACUUAUUGUAAUGGCAUGCCUACUUAGCAGGUAGAUAAGUACUUGUAUAACAGAAAAAAAGCUAUAUUCGAUAACAAAGUUUUAUUUUUUACAAAAAGGGUAUCUUUACCUAAUUUCAAGUAUGUUACAAAAGACGGCAAAAAUAGUUUAAAGGGGAAACACUUCCCGGUUCUGAAAUUGUAAAAUCUCAUUUAAAUGCCGUCCAUCAACUUGUUUAUUGAUACAAGUGUACUCGCUUUAAUAUUUUAAGUAAAAUAUUGUACGAUACGACCUAAGCAAUAUGUGUUCACUUUACAAGUGUAUCAUUCUUUCAAAAGCUAUUUCUUUACGUGAUCAUCGUGACGUAGAUACCUAUACCUACUCCAUCCACGGAAAGAAGUUAGUAUAGCGUGCUCUCUGUUACGUAAUCCUAUACAAAUGACAGAGACAAAAAUCUCAGUGGGCGUUUACCAUUUUAAGUCAUCAACAAAUCACAAUCAUGUUUCCAAAAAAUAUUCGAAAUUCGAUCCGAAAAUGUUUCCAAAAAACAUUCGAAAUUCAAUUCUAAAACAUAAUUUCGUUUGUGAUUCGUCGGUGACUCAAAAUGGUUAAUGAUAACUGAUAUUUUUGUCUCUGUCAUUUGUAUGAGGUUACGUAACAGAGAGAGCGCUAUACUAACUUCUUUCCGUGGAUAGAGUAUAGAUUUAAAUAGGUUGGUUUAUUAGAAUGGUAGGUAAAGUUAAUAGUAUCUUGAAAUUGCCAUAUAAUGCAACUGAAUAAAAUUACAUCGCAGUAAAUGUGCGCGAUUAAAGUACCUAAUAACGUAUGAUACUUACACGGAGUAAUUUAAUUAAGUACCUACGUACCUAUAAUUAUAAAUCCGACGUACCUAGUUAUUUCUUUAAACGUCCAUAUCUGUUAAUAAGGUAAAGGUUUAUAAAUAUUAUUUUAUUUUUAAAAAUCUUCAAUUAUUGUUUGUAGGUACCUAAUAUUCAGCAAUACCUUAAUUAGGUAUGUUACUAAUGCAGAUCGUGUCUUGGUCAAAUUCGUUUGUGCCUUACAAAAACGUGCGGUCUUGAUGCCGGCCGUGUGAAUGGAGUCCUAGUGCUCAUGUCUUGGUAUUUCCUUGUAGGUACUAACUUGCUAAGUAUUAUUGCAAUGUAAUUUUUUACUUAAUGUACUUUACCUAAGAAAAACUGAUGUAAAAGAUACACCCUGUAGAUUUAGAUGAAGCUUGUAAAAAAGUUGUAACAGGUAUUUGGAAUUAAAGUAUGAUACA